GAUCAGUGUAGCCAGUCUGUUCUAUAAGCGCGCUCACAGCCAACCUGCUAACAUUCGCUGACACCCUCACGUUUCAGAGCCGGAGGAAAUGGCCACGAGGACCGACGCAUCGAUAUAGUCUUUCUUAUUAGAUUUAAUUCAGAAGCUAUGCGUUGGAGGAAUAGAUUGCCUUCUGGAACUAAUAAUCUCUGUACACCGUAUUUAGAUUACCUUGACAACCGGUAUCAGUGAUUGACAGCAGGACCGAUACAUGCGAGUUGUUGAUGCGCUUAAAAAAACUUUUAUGAACCGAAGGUUCUACUUGGUCUUACCCGUUAUGGUGAUUUUUCCAUUUCGGCUAUUGCAAUAUUUUUUUUCUUGUUGAAAAAGACACAUCUUCACCUUGCUGCGGGUUUCUUCUUUAUUGCCACUGUGGAUUACAAUUCUCAACUGGAUGUAUAAACCAUCAACUUGAUACACCACCUUCUCUGCGGACUGACAUUCCCUGUGUCUUACCUUUUUAUCUCCAAGACAGGCGCAUGUCGAUGGCGCAAAGGUACGAUGAGCUGUCCCACUAUGGUGUUGGGAUGGACGGAGUUGGACUCCCGGCGUCCAUGUAUGGAGACCCGCAUGCUCCCCGGCCGCUUCCGCAAGUCCACCACUUGAACCAUGGUCCGACUGCACAUCCAACCCAGCACUAUGGAUCCCACGCACCCCACAACAUCAUGCCCAGCAUGGGCAGCGUGGUGAACGACGCAUUAAAAAGAGACAAAGAUCAAAUCUAUGGUCACCCGUUGUUCCCUCUGCUCGCCUUGGUGUUUGAGAAGUGUGAGUUGGCGACCUGCACGCCCAGGGAGCCUGGAGUAGCGGGUGGCGAUGUCUGCUCCUCAGACUCCUUCAACGAAGACAUCGCUGUCUUUGCAAAACAGAUACGGGCAGAAAAACCGUUAUUUUCAUCGAAUCAAGAGGUGGACAAUUUGAUGAUCCAAGCUAUUCAAGUAUUGCGAUUUCAUCUUUUAGAAUUAGAGAAGGUGCAUGAGCUCUGCGACAACUUCUGCCAUCGGUACAUCAGUUGUUUGAAAGGCAAAAUGCCCAUCGACUUGGUCAUAGACGAUCGAGAUGGCUGCAAAUCUGACUUAGAUGACCUGACGGGAUCUUCCACAAAUCUAGCAGAUCACAACCCAGCGUCCUGGAGAGACCUGGAUGAUGCCCACUCCACGCCCUCCGUGGGCACCCCGGGGCCCUCCAGCGGGGGCCACAUCUCCCAGAGUGGGGACAACAGCAGUGAACUCGGAGAUGGCCUCGACAACAGUCUGGCGUCGCCGGGUACAGGAGACGAGGAUGACCUGGACAAGAAGAGACAGAAGAAGAGAGGUAUCUUCCCCAAAGUGGCCACCAAUAUAAUGCGAGCGUGGCUCUUCCAGCACCUCACGCACCCCUACCCUUCAGAGGAACAGAAGAAGCAGCUAGCACAGGACACAGGCCUCACCAUCCUGCAAGUGAACAACUGGUUCAUCAACGCCAGGAGGAGAAUAGUACAGCCUAUGAUUGACCAGUCUAACAGAUCAGUGGGCCAGGGGACGGCAUACAGCCCUGAUGGGCAACCAAUGGGAGGCUUUGUCCUCGACGGACAGCAACACCUGGGGAUUCGGCCUGGCGGACCAAUGGGUGGAAUGGGAAUGAAUAUGGGGAUGGAUGGUCAGUGGCACUACAUGUAAACCCUGUCCAACCGAGGCAAGCCCGAAGAAGAAGAUGGAGAAGCCUCCAUGGUUUGCUCAGGGAAAAUCCUGCCGCUUGGUUCCAAUGAGCGUGUGACUCCGCCCCAGUCACACCUGUACCUGUCAUCUGACCACGCCCACCUCACCUCCCCACUGGAGCAUAGAGGACCACACCCACAUCUGCACAAACGCUGCCCACAUUGACCUUUAAUAACCCCACAGCCUGGAGGAAGACGAGGAUCUACUAAUAAACAACAACAAAAACAACAACAAUUUGCAGACAACAAUCUUCCAAAACAAAAAAAUACUUCUGUAUGAACAACGGAAGCUAAAAUGACCUCAACAACAUUUUGACACAUUUUUUGUUUUCUUUUUUAAAUUAUUUAUUUAUUUUUCUACAAUGGUGGACCAUAGGGACAAGAACUUUUUAGUCUUUGCCCGAGAUAUAUUGACACAGCCGGCACACACACACACUAACACACAUUCCCUCUCUCUCUCUCACACACACACACUCAAACAAAUACACACACUUCAUCUUAUGAACACACCAUUUGAAAACAACCACUGAGGAAUAUCUAAAAAAGAUUAUGAAGAGUUUUAAUAACUGUUGUGGUGUAUAGACUUGUGCUUUUUCAUUUGACUGUUUUAUCCAUGUUUGCGCUUUGUGAUCAUUAGUUUAUGGAGUGAGAGUUUAUCACUAAUCCUGUGUGCUGUGGAACAGAGAGAAAGAGAGCGAUUGCCUCAGAGUCUGCAGCCUGGAGCUUGUCUCAGAUACUGCAGACGGCAGCCACAUCCAGCUCCCAACAAAAAAACAAGCCCUCUUUUUAUUUGUAUUCUGAAUGAGGCCCAGAUGCUUUUAUUACCCAUGCACUGAAUGCAUUUCAUAUAUUUGUUAUUAUUCUGUUUUGAUUUGGAUUGUUCUGUGUUGUCCUGAAUUCAGACUAACGAGCUGAUGGAUUGACGUCAUACUGGUAAGGUGGAUCUUGGACCGACUUCCAUUUAGAUCAUGUUACAAUAGUUUUAUAGCACACAGGAAGAAGGAAAGGAUUUCUGCACUAAAGACCAAAAUAAAAACACAUUUUAAAACUUGA